AUGAUUGCAUGUAUCAGCCCCGCUGACACAAAUGCUGAGGAAACACUUAAUACCUUGAAGUAUGCAAACCGUGUACAGAACAUUCAGAAUAAAGCAAUUAUCAACCGUGAUUCUGCGGCGGCACAAUUGCAAAGGAUGCGGAGUCAGAUUGAACAAUUGCAAGCAGACUCUAGUGCAAAAGCUGAAGAAAACCAAAUGCUCAAGCACAAAAUAUCUUUACUUGAAGAAAGUAAAAUGGAAUUACAAGAGGCUCUACAUGAUUCUCAGGUGGAAAGGGAUAGACUGAUUAUGCAAAUCGAAUCAAUUCAAAACGGAAAACCAAUGAAUGAGAUUGACAUCAAGUCUAAUAAGGAUUUUGAUAUGGUGAAGAGUUAUAACAUGAAGAUUCAGGAUCUAGAGUCUGAAUUGAUAAAGGUGCGGAGUCUAAAUCAAUCAAGACGUGAGGAUUUUGCUGAUUACCUUGAUUCAGAAAAUGAUGGGAAUCACUCAGGAAAUUUGUAUAUCGUAGAUGCUGAUAUGAGAACAGAAAAAGAUGGGAGGGUUGAAGUUGUGGAAAAGGAACUUGAACAUUCUUCUCGUCAAGAAAAAUUAGACAGGAAAUUGAAAGAAUUAGACAAAAGACUUGAGCAAAAUGAGAAGUUGGCUCUAGAGAGACCAUCCAGUGAAACAAAAGUGGGCUGUGGUUGUGUCUUACAAUCUAAGGUAUUACAAUCUAAGGGAUCUCGUAACUCCUCAACCAGUAGUAAAGUUUAUGGGAACGAGCUACUGGAGGACAUGGACACAUCAAAUGAGUCAGAGGAUGAUGUCGAGUGGGGACACACAGUAGAGAGAAAAGGUCGUGAAGGUAGAAGGAAGGAGAAUCUUAGAAGGAAGGAGAAACUGGGCGAGUCAAUUUAUUGCUCGUGCAGUAUAAAUUCAUCCUGCAAGACGUCAAGGUGUGAUUGUCGGGCCGUAAAGGGUAGCUGCAGCAACUCCUGUAGAUGCGUGCCCACCAAAUGUAGAAAUCGGAAGGAGUCUUCUGGAAAUUUGUUCGAAAGAGAUGAAAAGGAGAGUAAUAAUGAUGAACUUGCUUCUCAUGGUGCAAUGCUGCUUCAAACUGCUUUUUCUGAGAAGCCCGCUGGGGCGAAUGAUGCUGAGUUCGUGAGGAAGCCGCUGUUCGACAUUGGGAAUAACCUGGCAUUAUCCGGCAUACCAAAACCAAAUAUUCCGUGGAAAAAACGGCGCAAGUCGGUCAUUCAGCUUGUUCCGACAACACCUGCUGCAGCUCAGGCACAACCGAAUGCUGAAGUUACUGAGCAGCCAAUAAUCAAUGCCGAAACUGAUAUCCCAUUAAAGUUACCGAGAGCGAUUCGGUCAGACUUUGUCAAAUAA